UCAAGGAGGCAGCCAUUACAAUUUCACAGCGCCACCGUGUGGUGAUAUUUUGCAAACCGCGCUAUGGCGGACAAUAAGCACUAUGAGGUAGAGAAGAUUUUGGACAAAAGCAGCAUUAAUGAUCAGGUCUAUUACUUGAUUCGAUGGAAGGGGUUCGGUUCUGAGUGGGACACAUGGGAACCAGUGGAUAAUCUGAUCGAUUGCUUACAGCUUGUUCUGGACUUCGAUGCUGCAAAGGAAAAAUCCUCACAGCUACUAGAUUCAUCUUUAGAAGCUGUUGCUAGAGGAAUUCCCAGUCCCAGUCCAAAGAAAGAUGGCAAAACUAAAAGCAAAUCUUCAUCCAUAAGCAAAAAUUCAAAAAUGAAAAGCCAUGUUUCAUCCAAGAAGAAAUCUCCAAAUUCUCCCAGAAAGAGUCCAUAUAAAGUUUCUGUUGAAAGUGUUAAAGGGGUCAAGGAUGAAAAAUUGCGAAUGAGGCUUGCAAGGGAGAAGGGAAAGCUUUUUAUUGACAUGAAAGCAGAAACAUUUAUACCAACAAAGAAUGAAAGUGGCCAAGGUCCUAGGGAAGGUGAAAGGUUAAAGGUAACAAGUGGAAAUAGUUCAGAGGGUCAGAAAUCUCCAAAGAGGGAUGCCAGCCCAAGGUCACCACGAAAAAAUGAAGGAAAUGAUUCACCAAAGAAAGACACUGAAUAUAAACUUAAGACAGAUGAUGUUGAACAAGUUGAUACCAAAAGUGCUGAAAAGGAUUUAAAAAUGGACAAAAAUCAGUCAUCUUCAAAAAGGAAAGAAGAAAAAGAUACAAAUAAAAAGUCUUUGGAUAAAGAUUCAACUAAGGAAUCAAAAAAAAUAACUAAAACAAGUGCUGCAGAGAAAGUUAUACGUGACAAAAAGUAUAAAAAGUCUGUAAAAUAUGCUAUGAAAGUAAAACUAAAGCCAACAGGAAAAGUGAAAAAGGAAAGUGAUAAAAAGGACAAAAAGAAAAAGGACAAAGAGGAAGUGAAAAAACCUGUUCAGAAAAAAGUUUCCAAAGAAGAGAGUAAAUCAGAUGAUAGGUCAGAGGUAAAGAAGAAAGUUAAGACGUCUCAAUCAGGAAAAAAUCAGAAGACUGAGAAAUUGGCUGAGAAAGCUACAAAGGAGAAACAAAAUGGAGACAAAGCCAAGAAAAGCAAAGCCACCAAACGUAAAGUGGAGGAGGAUUACCACAUUGUGGAAUGUUCCACCUCCGACACUGAUGAUGAACCUCUGUGUAACAUGAAAGUCAAGAAACUGAAGAAAAGCAGCAGUGAUUCUUCUUUUGGGAGCAAGAAAAAGGAUGCGAAGAAAGUUUCUCCCAAGUCAAAAUCUGGUCAAGAUGGGAACAGCCAGGCUGUUAAAGUCAAGCCCAAACAGUUGACUGUGAAUAAUAUGAAGAGGAAGCUGGAGGUCCGUGUUCAGCCAUUAGGUUCUACGUCCAAAUCUAAAACAAUGAGACUCAUUGACAGCAAAAACAGGGGCAAAGAAAUGGCAAAAGUUCAACCUGUUUCACCCAAAAUCUCCUCCUCCUACACCACGGUUAAGCCAGUGACUAUAAGUGGGGUAGGGAUAGUGAACUUGGUGGUGGACGCAGACCUAGCCACCCCCCUGUCUGGAGACGUCCCAGGGAACCAGUACCUGCCCUCCGUGACCCCCGUCAGCCCCUCCUCUGUCUCAUACAAGUCCUUGUUAGACAACAUGCCACUGUCCCUCCUAGCCAAGAAAGGUGGAGGGAAGAAGAAAGACUCGGAUGAUACAUCAGAGGAUGACCAGGAGAGAGUGGAGAGAAGGAUCAGUGUACGCCAAAGUGAAUGUGCAUACAGGUAUAAGGAUAUUGUUGUGAGAAAAUGUCAGAGAUAUACUCAGAUCUGGCUUAACACUCACACCAAGAUUAAAAAUGUGCUCAAUCCACAGGUUAUACAGGAAACUCUUCAGGCCCUGAACUCUGCUAAGUAUGAUGACAGCAGUUUGAUUUUGUUCAGUGGACUGGGGAAUGUGUUCUGUAAUGGGGUGGAUCUAAUGUUUCUCCUGUCUGGAGAGAAGAGAGUUGUGGUUCGGCAAAUGGUGGAUGCUCUUAGAGAUUUUACCAAGGCUCUGAUCACCUUCCCUAAGCCUGUGAUCGCUGUGGUCAAUGGUCCGGCUGUGGGGCUGGGGAUGGCCAUGCUUCCCCUCUGUGACAUUGUGUACGCCAGCGACAAGGCCACCUUCUAUCUGCCCUACUCCGCCCUGUCCCAGACUCCUGAGGGGUGUGCCUCCUACACCCUCCCCCAGUCUGUGGGCAUGGCUAUGGCCAAUGAGCUGCUGUUGGCAGGUAGGAAGGUGACAGCUAUAGAGGCUUGUCAGCUAGGUCUGGUUUCUCAAGUUUUCUGGCCCACAUCCAUGAUGCAAGAGGUCAUUCCAAAGAUACAGAACAUUGCACUACAUUCAGCAAAGGCUUUAGAAACCACCAAAUUGCUGCUAAGAAGCCACCAAAGAACCAAACUGGAGCUGACGUGCGAGUCGGAGAGUAACAUUCUGUUAGAACGCUGGCAGUCAUCAGAGUGUCAGAAGUCCAUUCAAGCCUUUCUCAACAAGGAAGACAUUUACAGUUCUUAGUGUGUCAGGACAAGGAUGUAAUUAAUGAGAUCUCAGCAACCAGGAAGUCACAUAACGUAGAUUACCACUCAGCUGUUGUGUUAGUUUCUUUAGUGAAAUGUUUAGGUACGAUUGUGUUCUCCCAAGAAAAACUGGCAUCCAUUUGCAUUCAGGAUGUACUUCAAAAACAUUCUUUAUUACUAAAGAAACUUUGCCAGUAACAGUAAAAUAAUUCAAAUACACAAACUUAUAAUCCCUUGUGUGCUUAAUCAACAUUUUAAUUUUAAUUUUUAUCUAUUUGAAGACUUUUUUUCUUUUGAAAGUAAAUGAAAGGUAUGGGACUUACGCAUGAAAAAAUAAUUGAAAUUCAGGGAAAUUCAUUCAUUUAAUCAUCUUAUCAGGGAAAUGUAAAUAUACACGUAUAUGUCCACAAUAUAUAUUUUUCACAUUCUCAAGGUUAAUAUUUUAUUGAACUUUAUCCUAGACUUGUGGAAAAGUUUGGAGAGGUGUUUUUUUUUUCUUCCCAGUCUUUUUUUCAUCAGAACCUUUGUAAAAUAUUCUAAGAGAUCUUGUUUAAAGCAUUUGUUUUUAUUGUAGAAUUGUAGACUUUCAUUUAGAAAAAUUACCAAUAUAUUUGUAAAUAUAUGUGUGUGGUACAUAUUGGUUUUAAUGAGUGUCUGUGAUAUAUUAUUACCUUAAUAAUAUUUAAUUUAAAACUAUAAACAUUUAAUUUUUUUGACAUCCUGAAAAAUUGUAAAUAUGAAUUUUUAUUAUGAAAUUUCAGUGGGUUUUAUACUUUCCACAAGGUUAUGUCAGAAAAUGCAUGUAGAAUUUUUAUCUGACUUAUAUUGAGUGGUUUGCACUUGUUGUCUCAAAGUGUAUACUGUAAAUUAAUUAAUCGUUUUACUUUUUUAAAAUAAUUUACAUGUAAAUAUGUUGGGAUUUUUUUGUGCAGCAAAUUCUGGCUUUUCUGAUUCUGAUUUUUUUCAAUCUUGGGUAGUAAAAUUCCUUUUAACUUCCUUUUUUUCCUGCUCCCCCAAAAAUGAAAAGAAUGGGGGGGGGGUGAAAGUUGUUGAUACUUUUCACUAUCAUCAUUUUUUUUCAUGUUAAUUUGCCAAAUAAGAGAUUUUUAAAUGGAAUGUUUUUUUUAAAUUCUAAGUAUUUUCCCUUUUUUGCUGUCAUUUACUAUGACUCAAUUGUCCUUUCAUGAGUUUGAUGUAUUAUGUACAUUUUAACUGAUUUGAAUGGAAAUUUUUUAAGCAAAAUUCAUCAAAUUGACUUUUUAUCUUCAUGAAUGUGUUCAUGGUUUAAUUUGUUCAAACAAAAACGUAUCAAACCAACUUUAUGCCCUAGAAUACAAUGCAGUGUCUUUUGUUUAAGAUACAUGUACCAGAAGUAUGUUAGGCAUCACUUGAUUGUAAAUAAAGUACACAUGCACUCAUGAACUUUAAACAGCAAUUCAUAACAUGGAAUGGAAGAUCAGUGUCUACGCUUCACGUUUUUGAGAGAGAAAAGAAAUAAAUGCAAUAUCAGUUGAAAAAUUAUUCCCUUCCUUUAGGCAGCCAAGUCUUUAACAUAUUUUUUCUUUGCUCAGCCAAAAUUCAUCAUAGAUGGGCCAAAUCCUUCAUAUACCAAGUAUAUAAACCAGAAAAGUUUUGUAUAAAAUGAAAUCAGUAUUGUUUUGAAGAUAUGAAAAUACCGGUAGUCUAAACUCAAAGGUAACAUUUCAGAUUUAGAAUUAUUUAUUUAUCAUUGUAAAACAGUUUAGGGUCUGUCUGCACUAAUUAUAUCAAAGUAUUGGCAGUAGAUUUCAUUUUAAUUCAAUAUGAUACUUACGCAGCACACUCAUUCUUAGUACAUGUACUUUUAACUGAAAUUCCUUUAAAAAUUGGUACUUCAAAUCCUUAAGUUAUUCCUCUUACCUCAUAACUUAUAAUAAUUUGUGAUAUCUAGAUGAUAACAUCUUGCCUAUUUAUAUUAAAUUAUAUACAUGUACACUUAUGAAGGGAAAAUCCAUUGUUACAAAACAGUUAAUUUUAUGAUUCUCAAUAUAUAUUUUGCAUGCAAGAACUAAUAGUUUUAUAGCAUGUUCUCUUUGGUGCAUUGUAUUUAUUUGUAUGUACAGAUCUAAUGUUUCUCAGCUGUAAUUACUUUUAGUCUCGGAAAAAUAAUUUCUGGUAUAUGUACAUUAUUGAACAUUUCUUGUAGAUUGUUUAAAAUUUGUUCAUUUGCUUAGUUUUAAUUUUAGUUUAGAGUAUAAUUUAUUUUCAUUCUCAUGUUAAUUAGCAGUUAAACUGUCACAUCAUCUUGACCUGCUCACAAGAGCAGAUACACUGUACAUGUAGUUCAGUUCUCAAUAAUUAUAUUUAUUUGCUAAAUAACUCAGUCAGUUUUAAUGCCUGACAAAUUUAAUUGUAGAAAUUGUUCAUAAUUUAUUGAUUUCUCUAUACACAUUAAUAUGUGACUCCAUUUCACAUUAAAAAGUAUGAAAAAAGA